AUGCAAUCAAAGCUGAAACAAUUUGCCUUGUUGGGAGGAGGUGGUGGUGGCGGAGCUGAAUGUUUCUUCUGCUACUCCACGGCGGUUUGUAUGAAAGGAUCAUCCCCGCUUUUGAGGUUCAAUGAUGGCCUCUCGAAUGCCCUGCAUCUUCGCGCUCCCGGGAAAUCCCGAACUGUUUGUAUUAUCCGCAUUCUGCUUGUAAAGCUUUCGCCCCAUCUGAACAUGUUGUGCCGCCAUUCCUUCAUUACGAAUAAUGUGUUUCCAUUGCAGAAAAAUAUUCCAUUCGUUGUUAUAAAAUGGGCCAGAAUUUGCUGGCAUGGGGAAAAUUUUCCGGCAUUCGAUCGGUCACCAAUUGGCUUGGCGACGAUUCCAUCAAAUAAUUAA